CCAAAAGCUAUCCUCUCUGAAAUGGGCUGCUAACUGCCCAUUUCUAAGCUCAGUACCGUAGGUAGCAGUAGCGCACAAGAAAAGAAAGAAACAACAACUACUCUUAGAAAUGGCCGGCGAGGAGGAGGCGCAGGUGAUGGAGUCCUGCUUCGUGACGCCGGCGGCGGACACGCCGACCAGAGCGAUCCGGCUGUCGCCGUUCGACCUCAUGCUAGCCAACAGAGGCUACACCCCACUAGUCCACUUCUACCGCCGACCAGAAACCGCCGGCGACGACUUCUUCGACGUGACAAGGUUGAAGACGGCGUUGGGCAAGGCCCUUGUGCCCUUCUACCCCCUGGCUGGCCGCUUGAGGGCUGGCGCUGAUGGCAGGUUGGAGAUCGACUGCAACGGCAAGGGCAUGCUCUUCCUCGUGGCUCACUCUCGUCUCACCGUCGAUGACUUUAGCGACUUCAAGCCAUCAUCGAAGCAGAGGAGGCUGUUUGUUCCCCACGCCAACCACUCGGACAGCCUCUUGUGGACUACCCAGGUGACAUUCUUGAAGUGUGGUGGGGUGGUCUUAGGGUCGGCAAUCCAUCAUGCUGCUAUGGACGGAUCUGUUGUAUUCCACUUCUUCAGGACAUGGUCAGCUUUCUCCAGAGACGGCGACCGGGCUAUGGUGAACCUCCCCUGCCAUGACCGCACUCGCUUGUCUGCGCGCGAUCCACCCGUUGUUCAUCCCGACGGACUUGCCGUUUUUAGCCCAAAGAUAAACCUACCCCCGCAGCCAGGUCCAGUCGUCAACGAGGUUGUGGGCUUCACCCUUGCCAAGGACCAACUUUCCACUCUCAAGCACAUAUCUGGUGGCGAUGGCGUGAGCACCUUCAGCGCCGUGAGCGCCCACCUAUGGCAAUGCAUGUGUUUAGCCCGGAACCUACCCCCGGAUGCUACGACACAGCUUAUGUUCUCGGCCAACGUCCGCCGCAUCAUGAGGCCACCACUCCCAGACGGCUACUUCGGCAACGCGAUAAUAAACCUAAGUGUCGGCGACAAAGCGCAUGCCAUCGCCUCACGCGAGCUGAGCUACAUCGCGCGGCGAAUUAGAGACACCCACAGACGGGUGAACGACGAGCUAGUGCAUUCGGCAAUCGACUACCUGGAGCUAGCAAAGAGGGACGAUGAGCGCCCGGCUACAGGCAAUUUGCCGGUGACUGAUAUUAGAGUUGUCAGCUGGCUUGGCAUGCCGUCGUACGAUGCGGAUUUCAGCUGGGGGAGGCCAUUGGCUAUGUUCCGUGCUGAACCAAACCGCGGAGGUUUUGUUCACCUGAUUGACAGCGCACAGGGUGAUGGCAGUGUGCGCAUCAUCAUGUCUAUAGAGGCUGCAAUUCUCAGCGAGUUCAAGCGUUUGUUGUAUGCCAAAUUCAACAUGUUGUAUUCUAAGUUUUAACCUGCAUGUACCAGAUGUGUUCGAGUCAUGGAUGUUCGAUGAUUGUAUCUUGUUACUCCCUCCGUCCGGACUUACUUGUUAUAGAAAUGGAUAAAAAUAGAUGUAUUUAGAACUAAAAUAUGUCUAGAUACAUCUAUUUAUACGACAAUUAUUCCCGGACGGAGGGAGUAGGUGUUUGUACACCGAGAAAUAAUCUUAAGCAGCUUACGCUAGGCUUAUACAAUUGAA